AUGAAGCUCACUCUUGUUACCCUCUCCGCUGUUGUGGCGUCCACCACCACCGCAUCUCCUCUUGUCCUCGAACCCCGCCAACAAUGCAGUACAUCGUGGAGCUACCCCUACACUGGUCGCGCACCUCCUGGCAAUUACAAAGCGUUCAACUUGGCUAGCUGCACCGCACAACUCAGCUUCAACAAAGACCAAUACGUCGGCGUACAAUGGGCCUUUGAAGCCACCUACGCCGACGGCAGCCGUGCAGAACUCAAGCCCUUCCGCGAUUUCAACAGCUUCGGUGUCAGCGACACCUUCUACCCCUACCUAGGAAACAACUUCCUCACCCGGUACCCAGGGAACUCAGCGUUCACGGCUGUGCAUGAGUUUAGCAGUGUGUGCAAGAACGGACAGGCGCCAGUCUCAUGGCGAUUCUACACAACAUCAGGGACAGCGAAUGGCUGCUACACAACGGGUCAGAUCCGUGCUGUUGGCGGGGUCUCGCGUCCGGCCAAGGUCACAGGCGUUUCUUUGCGGAGGAGCAACGAUGCUGGGGAUUUCGAGGUUACCUGGUCGCCAGUGUCCAGAGCAGUUGCGUAUUCAGUGAUUGUGCAGUACCCAACUGGCACAGAUGAAGUUGGGAAUCCAUAUACGAAUGUGAGGGGUGCACGUGUGCAGGGAAGUUCGACGAGCGUCGCGACGACUACGCGCAGGCAGGAUGUACAGAGAAAGGUAAUUGUGCACGCUGUGGACUCGCAGAGUGUGUGGUCAUUUACGAGCGAUGUUCAAGCAGUUGCUGCUAGCUGGUAG